CUUGGUGAAUAUGAAAUGGAGUUGAUUAAUGUUAAAUGGAGUCACAAGAGAGCACAAAAUCCACUGUUCUUUGUGUGCUCACAAUUAUGUAUAUUAACUCUGAAAGGUACGAUUUCAAAGAUGAAGAGGUUGGCUUUGUAAUAAAAACUAAAGAUGAUGUAAACGAAAAGUUGACAUCAUCGAUGAUUUUGGAAGACCUUGUCCCGGCAACAACUUAUAUGUACAAAUCACAGGCCUUUAAAGAAUUGGAGGCUUCCGUUCAUAAAAUGAUCGAAGGUGUCAUAUGGAAAAAAUUCAAGGAAGCAGAAUCUACGUUUAACAAAGAUGACAUCCGACAUUUUGCGGAUCAUUUGAUUCUCGCUCGCAUGGAGGCGGAAGAUGAAGAGGAUAAGAUGCGCUCGUCGGACUUGAUGAAGAUCACCUUAUCCAAACGAUUGCUGAUAUAUUCUUCGGUAAGAUUUAUUUUCGAUAAUUAUUAGUAAAGCAGCUCCACGGAGGUACAAAAGCAUUGAAAUAUAUUUUUGGUACCUAGAUCACAUGAAACUUAAAAAAAUAGAAAUAUUAACAAAAGAUAAGAAAGGAGUAUACUCAGUGUUCAAAUAUGUAUGCAUAGACCAUUUUAUUCUUUACUAGUUUCACUGAAUAUUUUACUUUGUUCCCUCACAGUAUACACCUCAAAGGGAUAUAAAAAGUUUCAUACUUCGGGUCCAA